AUGUCGCACAAGGGCAAGCACAGCGCGGCCAAGGGCAUUGACACCGAGAGCCACGGCGAGGAUGUCUUGCAAGCAGUUUGUCUAUUACCACUAGGGAACACUCCAAUCAUCGAGUACACUCUGGAGUUCCUGGCCAUGAAUGGCGUCCGUGAAGUGUACAUAUACUGCGGUGCCUUCACAGACCAAGUCGAAGAUUACAUUGGCCAGUCAAGAUGGGCUACCACGUCGAGAUGCUGCCCCUUCUCGGUUGUUCAGUUUGUUCGUUUGUCAGAUGCGAGGUCCGCCGGGGACAUCUUGCGCGAUUUGGAUAAGCGAUCACUCGUCGACGGCGACUUUCUCGUGGUUCACGGAGACUUGGUGUCGAAUUUUAUGCUGGAUGGCGUCCUCGCAGCACAUCGGAAACGAAGAGGGAGGAGCGCCGCAAAUAUCAUGACAGUUGUCCUGCGCAGUGGUGGUGACGAGCACCACCGUACAAAGACCAACGGAAUCACGCCGAUAUUUGCAGUUGAUGCCAAUAAUAAAAGAUGCUUGCAAUACGACGAAAUGACCCCCUUACAAAGCGACCACUACUUGGCACUCGAUCCAGCCAUCCCCGACGAGUUGUCCACCGAGUUCGAAAUCCGUUCCGACCUUAUCGACGCCCACAUUGAUAUCUGCACCCCUGAAGUAUUGGCCCUCUGGUCAGAAAGCUUCGACUAUGAGCUUCCCCGGAGAAACUUUCUCCACGGCGUUUUGAAAGAUUGGGAGCUGAACGGAAAGAUGAUUUACGCCGAGAUUUUGGAGGAUGGAUACGCCGCCCGUGCAAGCAACCUCCAGAUGUACGAUGCCAUCAGCCGUGACAUUCUGGGACGAUGGACCUUCCCGUUUAUCCCAGAGCAUAAUCUUGUACCGAAUCAGACGUAUCAGCGCCAUGCAAACGGACUGGUGAUGGAGCACAACGUUUUCCAUGCACAUGACGCGCGGAUAUCCAACGCCGUCCUUGCCGGGGACACCACCAUCGGACUUGGGUCCCGAAUAUCCAACUGUUUUAUUGGCUCGGGCUGUAAGAUUGGUGCCAAUGUUGUCCUGGAGGACUCAUACGUUUGGGAUAACACUAUAAUUUCGGAUGGAACAAGAAUAUCGCGCUCUAUUGUCGGCGACUCGGUGCUUAUUGGCAAGGGCUGCACAUUGCCUCCUGGUUCUCUAGUCGGCUCGCGGGUUCAGAUCGGCGACGACAUUACGUUAAACAAGAGCAGUAUCUUGUCAGUUUUAACACCCUCCGGAGAGCCUGUUUCCAAGGACACGGAGCUCCUUGGGGCCAGCACAAAUGCUGCUGCAUUAACCGACCUUGACGACGAGGACGACUUGGACGAGAGGGACGCCUCGCGUCUGCAACGGUCUCUCAUCUACUCACUUGCGGAUCUCAACCUCUCAACAUCGACUAUUUCCACACUCGCAUUUGACGCGGGCUCCGACUCUGAUGCAGACGACAACUUCUUGUUCCCCGGGGCGGCCUCGUCGUCCCGGUCGCGACUCUCGUCGUUUGCCUCGGACGACUCUGCCGGCAAGCUGUCGUUCCACGCUGAUGCGGUGCACGGCCUCCUGGACGCCCUCCGCGGUGAGACGAGCGAUUUUGACGGCGCCAAGCUCGAGUUCAUGGGACUGCGUCUUGCCAACGACGCCUCAGAUGGCAUGAUGCGAGAAGCCAUCGCCACGGCCUUUGCCCUUCGCGCCGCCGAGCUUCUGACCCCGGAGCACGGCUCACUAGAACCCACCAAGGCAGCAGAGAAGGCGCUGACCUUGAAGAAGGGCGCGACGGCCUUUAUCGGCGAAGUCGGCGUCGGCGGCGAGGAAUCAGAACAGGUCGAGUACAUUCUCGCCACGCAAAAGGCACUCCAGCGCAUCAAGAACCACGACCAGGCCAGGCUGAGCACCCUGCUGGCCGCGAUGCUCCAGCAGCUGUAUGUUCUAGAUAUCCUUGAGGAAGACGGGAUCCUUGGAUGGUGGCAAGACGGGAGGGCAGCCGACGGCGCUGGAAUGGCCGCGCUCAAGGCCAACUGCAAGGUCUUGAUUGAAUGGCUGGAGAAUGCCGAGGAAGAAGGCGAAGGCGAAGACGAGGACAGUGAAGACGAGCAGUAG